AACCAAAAAAAAAAUGUUUGUGCUUGUUGUGUGUGACAAAUGUGAUAUUGUAUUGCCGAUGUCGAAAAUAUUACAUGUACUUGUUUAGUAGAAAUUAAUAUUUCGAACACAAAUUUAAGUAAUUACAAAUAACUAUGGAUGACGAUGCCGAGACAUACAAAUUAUGGCGUAUCAGAAAAACGGUCAUGCAGCUGUGCCACGAUCGGGGCUACUUAGUAACGCAAGAUGAAUUGGAUCAAACACUGGAACAAUUCAAGGAACAAUUCGGGGAUAAACCAAGUGAAAAGAGGCCAGCACGCAGCGACUUGAUUGUGUUAGUGGCGCACAAUGAUGACCCCACAGACCAGAUGUUUGUCUUCUUUCCAGACGAAGCUAAAAUAGGAAUAAAGACUAUUAAGACUUAUUGUACAAGAAUGCAAGAAGAAAAUAUUCACAGAGCUAUAGUUGUUGUCCAAGCAGGUAUGACUCCAUCAGCUAAGCAGUCGUUAGUAGACAUGGCGCCAAAGUAUAUUCUGGAACAGUUCUUGGAAUCAGAACUGCUGAUCAAUAUCACAGAGCAUGAACUGGUACCAGAGCAUAUUGUGCUCACUCCUGAUGAGAAGCAGGAACUGCUGGCUAGAUAUAAACUGAAAGAAAACAUGUUAAUGAGAAUACAAGCUGGUGAUCCAGUGGCAAGAUAUUUUGGACUUAAAAGAGGGCAGGUCGUCAAAAUCAUCAGAUCAUCGGAAACGGCCGGGAGAUACAUUUCUUAUAGAUUAGUUUGCUAAGAUAGACUUAAAUAUAUUUACUUACAUUUUUA